AUUUGGUAUUAAGGUACUUCCUGUCGUGUCACCGGUCAUGAAAUUUUCAUUGAAAUUGAAUAUUAUCGUAAAUAUACACUGUUAGCCUACUGCAUACCUAAUACUUACAGAACCCUUCAUUAUGUCCAGUAUGUUAGGGGCACGACCGGAAGGUACAGAUGGAAGUGACCACUGGCACAGAGAAAGUAUUGCAUGGCAGUAUAGACUCAGUUCAAUUAAUAAAUCCAGACUAAAAUUUGAUAUUUUCCUCCAAAUGCUGUUGGGUUUCUUGAUGUUUAUGAGACUUCUUCCAGCUUUAUCAGCAUUAUUUGGUUUUUCAUUUCAAAGCCUGCGAAGAUGGGACCUUCCAGCACCAAGACCCUGGGAAUAUGCUUGGAUCAUUAGCAUUAGUGCAGCAGUCCUAGGCUGGCGUUCAACAUCUUAUAACAAAUCAUUUCUACUUAAACAAUACAUGUUAGGAACUGUUGUUUUUGGACUCUUUCCAGUACUGUUUGGUUUUAUUGAUGUUAGUAAUGACUUGUAUGUCUAUAUUACAGAAAGAAAGUACACUUAUGUUAUGUUUAGUUUUCCAGCAAUUCUAUUAUGGUCAACUUUCUUAUUUAUAGCUGCUCAACUUCAUGUCUUUGGUCUCUAUUUCUCCUCUGUCCUUCUGAAAGCAUGGAAACCUCGAGGAAAGAAAGUUCAGUAGAUUAAGUAAAUGAUUUAAGAAUGCUUUAUUUAGUUGUUGUAUUUGCUGUGUUCAUGCAUGAGUGACAAGGAUGGAUUGAUUCAAUGGUUUGAUUUUGACAAUGUUCAGAAAUCCACCAUUGCUCACUGCCCUGGAAAUCAAUCAUUAUACUGCAUUUACAGAUUUUCUUAAAUGUAUGCACUAUCCUGAAGAGAGUAUUUGUGG